AUGUGGGCCAUGUUUCUUGGUGAUGGCUUCACCAAAGUUGUUCGGGAUAGUUGUGUAAGAAAAGAUGACUACCUUAUGUUUCAGUCAUAUGGACCAUCAGCAUUCUUUCUAAUGGUGUUUAAAUCAUUUGUUCAGAAAAACUGCUUUAUAUCCAAGAUCAAUCCUCACGAAGAUGUUAUUGUAAUGGCUGAUGAAUUUUGGAGGCAAUUUUAUGGUCAAAAUUUCAAAGGUGGUCAGUCAACUCUUUAUUUAGGAGAUAGAUUUUGGAACGUUAAGAUGGAUGGAUUAACUGACAGGUGUGUUUUUACUCAUGGAUGCUCUGAGAUGAUAAACGAUCUUGCCUUAGAAAGGCGAUCUACCUUUGUCUUUUCACUGCAUGGAAAUAAAAUUUUUGAGAUUUCAGUCUUUAAUCAUCAAACCGGUACUCAAAUUCAGAACAACAGGGUGGAGUUAGUUGUUUUGGAUGACUCAAUCUAUGGUGAUGAUGGUGAUGAUUUUUUUAUUGCGUCUGAACAUAAGGAGAAGUGUAGUAGUGAUGGAACUGACUUUCAAGAAGGUGUUGUUGUGGAAUGUGAAGAUGACAAAUUUCAGUUGGCAAGUUUUGAAGCUGUGUUCAAUGAUAUUGAUGAUUCGAAGUUUGAUAACUUUUUCUCAUCUCUACUUGAAAUGGAAGACCUUAAGAAGAAGUUCAAAGAUGAUUAG